CAAAAACUUGAGAAGAAAUAAACAAAAAAGCUGUGCCAAGAAAACAAUUUUGUAGUCACUGAAUGCGUAACAGCUUUUGUCGAAGAUUAAUUGGUAUGUAACGACAGAGUUCAGAGCUUGGGUACGAGAAUAAACUACCAAGUACAUUUAGAUCUUAUGAUUUGAGAACUUUAACAUGCCGUAAAGAGAUUUAAAUAAAACUUCAAAGAUGAGUAUCUUCAACCAAUUGUAUGAUGCUAAAAAACAGUACGAAGAAGUCGCCGAGAUUGGAACAGGUGCUUACGGAACCGUUUACAAAGCACGAGAUCUUGAAACGGGACGAUAUGUAGCAUUGAAGAAAGUACGUGUGCAGACGGGUGAGGAUGGAAUGCCGUUGUCAACGAUACGUGAAAUUGCCAUGCUGAAACAAUUGGAGAAAUUUGAACAUCCUAAUGUUGUCAGAUUGUUGGAUGUCUACCAUGGUGGCCGCACAGAUCUGGAAACUCGAUUGACGUUAGUAUUUGAGCAUAUCGACCAGGACUUAUCAACGUAUUUAGAGAAAUGUCCAUCACCAGGAUUGGGACCAGAAAAAAUACGGGACCUAUCUCGUCAGCUUGUCUGUGGAGUGGAUUUUUUACAUUCUCAUCGAAUUCUACACCGUGAUUUGAAACCACAGAAUAUCCUAAUAACUGGACGAGGAGAGGUGAAACUGGCUGACUUUGGGUUGGCGAGGGUUUAUGGCUUUCAAAUGGCAUUAACAUCUGUGGUUGUUACGUUAUGGUAUCGAGCACCUGAGGUAUUAUUACAGGGUAGAUAUGCUACACCAGUCGAUAUGUGGAGUGUGGGGUGUAUAAUAGCAGAGUUAUUUACCAGAUUACCAUUGUUUCGUGGUACUUCUGACAUUGACCAACUGCACAAGAUAUUUGAUAUAAUUGGUCUUCCUGCCAAAGCUGAGUGGCCUGAUAGUGUAUCUGUACCAUGGAAUGCGUUCAGACCCUCACCCCCUAGGUCAUUGAAAAAAAUCAUUCCUGAGUUAUGUGAAGACAGUGCAGAUUUAUUGCAGAAUUUGUUGACCUUUGACCCAUCUCAGCGGAGCAGUGCUCAGGACACACUGUCACAUGGGUACUUUAAAACAGAAGACGGACAGUCAGUCAUAUAGGUGAACAAUAGUGGAAGGCAAUUGGUGGUAAUCAUGUAAUGUAAGAGUGUCCAAUCAGAGUUCUGAAUUCAUCAACUAUGCAAAUUAGAUUAUAAUUUAUGCAAUUUAUGCUAUGUAAAGUGUUUAAUGUUAGACUCUUUCAAAAUGACUGUCAUUUUAUAAGUGCCAUUCAGGGUACUCGUGUCUAUUAGGGAUCGUAAAAGUUUCAGGAAAAUUCUGUAGUUGAUCUUUGACCAAAUGUACUGUGUAAGGCUUUAUUAGCUGGGUUUUAUUUAUUUCGUUCAUAGCGUUAAUUCUAAACAGGGGUUUUUCGAGAAAAAAAACUGCAAGAGGGAGCACUGAAAUUCAGCGGAGCCACCAAGUGGGGGAGAUGGGGUUCUCCCAACCAGGGUGUGGAGUUUUUGAUAAUUCUAAGUUAAAAUGGAGCAUUCUAUGGCUUCCUUGGGGCCAAAAUUACUAUCAGACAGGUCAUAGUUGAAGACUGUGGCCACAUGUGAUCCCUAGUCAAUCAGAAUUUUAUGGUUGCCAGAGGAUCUGCUCCUCAGGGUUAGGAGGCGCAUGGUCAUGGCAUGAGGGCGCUGCGCCCCUGUUCCUUUGUUUAAAAAAAUCCCUGCUAAACAUUGUACAUGUAUAGGCAUUAAACAAUUAUGAUUAAACAAUAGUUUGCAUUAUUUCCUGUUAUAAACGUGUGAAUUUGAAAUCUAGUGAAUAUUUUUGCAAAAUCAAAUUCACUAAAAUUAAAGUGGCGAUAGUCGUCACACCGUGUCAUUCUCUAUAUGGGACUCGCAGCAAUGUACACAACAAGUGUAAAAUGUACAUUAUUUGCUUUACAUAAAAUUUGCUAUAACCUCCACCCUUUAAACUCGAUGAAUAAUUUCCUCUUACACAAUCAGUAACGUGGUGCUGCCACCUACCACUUCCGAUGUAGCAUGGGACUCACAUCGAGCAUGACACUGUGCAGUGACUGCUACGCUUUGUGUAACUUCACAAAGAAGGCAAAUUAGUUUUGUAUUUUAUUUUUGAAAAUAUCCUGAAAUAUUGGUAUGGAGUCCAU